AAUUUGAAAUAAUAAGAACUUGAGUUCCAUGAAAUCCCCAGCGCUAUGCAUUUCAAUUCUGCAACAAAAGAGAUCAUGAUUUAUCACAAUAAUAACUUUUUAAUAACUCUAUUGAAUUUAACUUUUUAAUAUGAUAUGAAAGAGAAACACUGAAACUGAAAGCCAAACCAUGAAUCCACCACCUCCACCGCCACCACCUCAACUGCCACCACCUCAACUGCCACCACCACCACCUCCACCACCACGUCCAACCCCUAACCAACUCAAUACAACAUUCUCAUCCCUCAACAACCUCAUAACCCUCUCAAACCAAAUUCUCCAAACCACACCCCAACCCCAAACCCUAAACACAAAUCUAAUUCACUGCCCUUUCAAUCCCAACCACCUCAUCCCACCACCUUCCCUCUUCCUCCACCACCUCCGUUGCCCUUCCUCACCUCGCACUCUUCCCGACCUCGACCACCUCCUCAAUUUCCUCUCUUACCCUAAAACCCUCCAAAACCCUAACUCCAUUCACCUCUCUUCUUACUUCCAUUUCCCUUCCAACUUUUUCUACACCGAUUGCCCCGGCGCCGUUGAUUUCUCCGAAUCAACCGCCGUCGCUAAAACCGCCACCUUUUCUCUUCCCGAUUUUUUAUCUCUCGAAUGUUCCAACUCUACCGUGUGCUCACCUAUACCUAAUCCCACCUCUAUUCUUCCUUCUGAAUACUACUACAUUUCCCGUGAACUCGAUUCAUGGAAUCAGUUUCCUAAUUAUUACUCCAAACCUAUUAUUCGCGCCAUUUUAGGUAUUGGAAUUGCCAAAGAAAAUGAAAUGGCUGAUUGGUUAAUAUCGAAUUCGCCUCGAUACGGCGUUGUAAUUGAUACUCCUAUGCAGAAACAUAUUUUUUUGCUGUUUUCUCUGUGCUUUAAAUCAAUUCUUAGAGAAGCUUCUGUUUCUUUAGAUUGUCCUGUUUUGAAUAAGGCUUUGGCUUGGUUUGAAUCUCAGGUUUCGAUUCUGUAUGGUGUUAAUGGAAAAUUAUUUGUUCUUAAUUUUGUGAAAAAAUGUAUUCUGGUUGGUGCUUCGGCUCUGUUUUUGUUACCGUUAGGCAACAAGGUUGUUGACUCUGCUGCUUCAACUUCAAAGCAAGAAAAGAAUAUAGAUUGUAUAAGGGAGAGGAAGAUUUUAAUGCCGCAAGUUGUAGCUGCUGUUGCGGCAUUGCACGAGAGAUCGUUGCUUGAACGUAAAAUUAAGGGAUUUUGGUUUUCUCAUCCAUCAAAUAACUAUCAGCUGGUUGCUGAGCAUCAUUAUUUGUCUGACAAAGCUAACGAAGAACGGAGUAAGCGGAAUGAUUAUAGGCCUCUAAUUGAUUAUGAUUGGGUUCAUCCCCAUCUUUCAUCUCACCAGAACCAGGAAACACAAAGAGAAAAGACACGAGAGGAGAUACUGGCUGAAGAAAGGGAUUAUAAACGUCGAAGAAUGUCUUAUCGUGGCAAGAAGAGAAAUCAAUCAACAUUACAGGUAAUGAGGGAUUUGAUAGCUGAAUACAUGGAGGAAACCAAGCAUGCUGGAGGUGUUACGAACCCUGUCAGUGUUUCUGAAGACAGUAGGAUGCCUCUGCCUCCACCUAGACUUCCUUCCAGUCACAACAUUCAAAUGGAAGCCAAUACUUCAAGAACAGUUAGUCAAGACUCACCUGCAGUGACAAUCAGUAACCAAGGUUAUCAUGAGCAACAAUCUCACACAAAUUAUUUUGACAAAAGCAAAGCUGUACAUGAUGCUACUGCUAGAGAUUAUGAACAGCAGAAACAAGGACAACACAGGAAUCAUCAUAAUGAAGGAUAUCAACGAACUGCUGAUCAAGGAAACCACAGGAGUCGUGCUUCAACAAGUCCAGAAAGACAGAGAAGUCAUAGUCGAUCACAUGAGCAUAUAAUUCAUAAGAAACAAGAUUACUCAAAUAGAAAGACAUACAGUAACUCUUCAAGAACCAAGGACAGGUGGCAAAAUGACACUCACAAGAACCACAUUUCAGAUUCUUUCUCAAGAAACGUAUUUUCAGAGCGAUAUGAUCCUUCGGAGCCUCAUGAUGUUGGUGAGCUUGAUAUCUCUUCUGAUGACAAAUAUAUCAAGCGAGAUAAAUUUUAUCUAAAGGAACGUAAUUAGCUAUGCUGGCCCGAACUAUGAAGGCAUUACAUCUGCAGUGGUUUAUUUGCAUAACUUUGCAGUAUUAGCCUAUCAAGCUUCAGCGCUUUUUUCAAUGUAUCCUCCAUUGUAUCCUUAACUGUGAAAGAGUUUUUAGAAGCAUUCCUUGGAUUGAUUUUAUUGCCCAUAUUAUCACUAUGCAUUCUUUAUUUUUCCUCUCAAGAUAACAGCAACAAAAUGCAAUGAUGGAAACCACAAAAAAUCUAUUUCUAUCAAUAAAAUUUUCAAUUUCUCGUUGUUUUACUUGCAAUUUAUUUUUGUUACUUUUUAGUUUAAUUACAUGAUAUAUGUGUUCCUAGGAGAAAUGAAACAAGAUGUUAAUGUUCUACUUUGGAUAUAUUGAAUUAUAUAACUAACGGGAAAACAGUUAUAUUGGUUCCUAUGUCUUAUAGAGGCUUUACGUAUUAAGGUGAAGCAACUUCAGAGUAUUUUUGGUAAAUAGUUGUCCUAUCUUUUCUAUGUCUCAAUAUAUAGUGAUUUGAUUGGAUUUCUUUUUAUCCUCUUAUAUUUUUCUUAUCAUCAACUUCUUUGAUGUGUUCUAUUCUUUCCCACUCACUUGAUGCUAACCUUGGCUUAGAAUGUGCAUAAGCUGGCCAAGCAUUGUCGUUAUUGCAAGAAAAUUUACAUAAUAUUUCAGCAUUAUCUGAGUUCAAAACGCCUUUGAUGGCUAACCUAUUUUGCUUUGAUCUCAUUCAGAUAGAAAAAGGCCAGAAUAUUUCAAUGCCUGCCUGAAUAUCCUCUAGUAUUUUUCAUUUUCUGUUUCUUAGUGAAAGGUUCAUCAAUUGACUUUUCUCUGUUUCUACAUUGUUUAGUAUUGUAUUAUAGAGAGACUCAGCUGUGAUGGAGUGACUACAGUAAAGGACUGCAACCUUAAUGACUACAGAGGCCUUCGCUCAAAGCGAGAUGAUACAAAACCAUUUAUUUUUGCAAGAGAAGUCAUCUCAGUUCAUUGUGAACUGCUUCUUCCCAUUUUUUAGAACGUAAUUUAUUUUGGAAGAAUAUCCUCAGGUUCUCUCGAUUGGAUAAUAUGAUUUUUUGUCCACAUUGUUGUUUUUUUUUUGUUACUUUGAAAGAUAUACCUCAAUCUUUUGCAAUAUGUUCGGUACUAGAGGAACAAACUUUAGAAAUUUCGUUUCUCAAACAAUAGUACUUGUCUAAUUGAUGCUCAUCAAUGUGCAAGCUUCAUUUUUGUUCA